CAAAAGAAAAAAAAUAUAUGGAAAUGCCUUCCAAACAGUCAAAUGAGAGGUUUCUCAGAGCCGACAGACGAAAUCAGCUCGAAAAAGUUAAACUAGAGAGAAAAUUAAAAAUCUACGAUAAAGAGAAAUGGUGCAAAGCCUUGGAAAUUGACCGAGAGAAGAAAGCAUUUGCUAAAUCUUUGGACGCUGUUCGGAGAACCUCUGGAUUUAGUGAUCAAGGAAUACCUCCGGAUGGUAAGGGAGAUACUGAAUACCUGAGUGCACCUGUGUAUCGAAUGGGAGUACGACUUAGUGAACAGAGGUUAAUGGGAUGGCGAUCUCAGGAAGAGGAGGAGAGGAAACGAUCCUGGAGUUCGAAUCGCUUAUCGAGUCAUCGAACGUCGAAUACCAUCGAUAAUCGUCGGCAAGAAAACGAUGUCUUAAAUUACGAUAAUGAGGUAUAUGAUGACAAUGUUUUCUCGGAUGAUGAAUCUAUUAAAGAUUUGGCAUUCGAUCCUAAGCAUAUGGCUAAGCAUAUCAUGGAUAGCUAUAAAUCGUUGUUUAAUCAAGAUGACUUUAAACUUGAUAAAGAUAAUGUAAAAAGAAUACGAUCGGCGAAAUUCUGUCGCUCCGUAAGUGAAAUCGAUCUAGGUGUUGAGAAGAAAUCUAAACAAAGACCUCAUACGGCAGUAUCGUCAGUAAAAAGAGGACGAGGUGCUUCUCUUCCUCUACCCCAAAGGCCUUCGACUGCCGCAGCAUGCAGAACAACAAAAGAUAAUGUCGUGCUUUUGAAACCUCUGAGACCCAAGUUUUUAAGACAUCAUAAUUCUAGUAACGAUUUUGAUUCAGAUGGAACGGACGAUGUCGAUAGUUUGAACUUAUCUUCUCAAAGUAUUACAAACGCGAAAGACUCAGCAAAAGAAAACUCGGAGAGAAGUAUAAAAGAGGAAAGUCAUUUUGAAAACGGUUCUAGUAAGCAAACGCACAGAAAACUUCAUCAUCGUGUGUCAUUAUCAAGAAUGAACGACGGGACAAAUGCGGAACCCAUUCCUGAAGAUGGUAUUCUGAAAACUACUUACGAAAAUAACAAAAUAAGAAAAUCUUCAGAGUCACUUGGUUCAGACAAAGCUCAAAGGUGCAAGUCAGCCAAGCAGAGGAAAAACUCAUCCGCAAUUCCAAUGCAAUCUAUACUGGAAAAUGGGGAAAUGAAGUACUCAAAUUCUAGUGACGUAAACACAAGUGACUCUGAGUCCGACUUAUCUAAUUCUCGCAGAGCACGAAUAUCUUCAUCAAGACAACGCCACCUUAGCGGAAGCACAGUGACGUCAGACAGCAGGGACUACUUUCCUGGUAGUAGCGUCUACAGUAGCAUGAGUGAUUUAAGUUUGGAUUCCAAUGGACAGAGACGACCUAGUAAAUGGCGGGAAUUUGUCUGUGCAGACAAUGCUAAUAUUCCAUCGUCGAAGACUCUGGUUUCUGUGACAACGGUUUUAAGGGCUGCUCUUGCUUUCUCCAAAACAGCAAGGAAGCGAGCUCUUGGUCAACUCGUACAAGAACAGAGUACAGACGCAAACGAAAUCAUUCGUCAGGAAAGGCUUCGAAGAUUAGAGUCGAAAAACAGUAUUUUAGCAGCUAUAUCUCAAAAUUUUGCAAUCAACGUUGACAAAAUGAACCAUGGGGAAUCGCCCGAUGCUUUUCAUUGAUUUGUCUUUUCUAAUUUUU